AAAAAAGUUUAUUUUCAUUUACGUAUACAACAUCCAAUGAACAUAAAAUUUAAAUCGAUUAAAUUUUGUUGCAUACGAGAGAAAUUAAAACAUAGGAAACAUGUCGAAAAUAGCUGGAUACGAUACACACGAUGAUGGACCUGGUUUUGUUGGUAUUAGAUUUUGUCAAGAAUGUAAUAACAUGUUAUACCCUAAAGAAGAUAAAGAAAAUAAAGUGUUAAUGUAUGCGUGUAGAAACUGUGAUUUCAAACAAUUAGCCGAUAGUAAUUGCAUUUAUGUAAACAAAAUUAUGCAUGAAAUCGACGAAUUGACGCAUAUCGUAGCAGAUGUCAUAUCUGAUCCUACUUUACCAAGAACCGAAGAACACCCGUGUCCAAAAUGUAAUCAUAGAGAAGCUGUAUUUUUCCAAGCACAAACCAGAAGAGCAGAAGAAGAAAUGAGAUUAUAUUAUUGUUGAAACUGUUUCCAACACAAAGAGUGCAGUCAGUCUUAACUCUAUACAGUUCCUUUUGUUUCGAGAAUUUACGAAAACAGGAA